CACGUGUCAAAGAGGAUAAUGGCGACAACAGGGCUGCAGGUUUUUGCCAUCAUUUUGUCUUUGCUCGCUUUGAUAGGAGCAACUGUAGUCACAGUGCUGCCAAACUGGAAGGUCAAUACCUUUGAAGGAUCAAAUAUAAUCUCGUCAACGAUUCACAUGCAGGGUCUCUGGACGAACUGCACCUGGACCAGUACAGGGCUCUUCAGCUGCAAGUACAGCCUCUCAAUCCUAGCCCAGCCUGCCUACAUCAGAGCUGCUCGAACUAUGAUGGUCCUGUCCUGUAUUGUGUCAAUCCUCGGAAUCGGGUUCGCUUUGCCUGGGAUGAAGUGUACAAGGUGGAUAAGAGACCAACAGACAAAGAGCUGUGCCGCCAUCACAGGAGGGGCGUCUUUCAUUAUUGCUGGCACCAUGUGUUUAGUUCCAGUAUCCUGCUUCACAGCCGGGCUAAUCAGCCAGUACUUCAAACCAUCCACCCCAGAAGCUAAUAAGUAUGAAAUAGGAGGAGCGAUAUAUGCUGGUUUUAUUUCUGCAGGCGGCUCACUCAUUGCAGGCAUCAUUUUCUGUUCCUCCUGCAACAAAGAUCUGCAACAAGGAAUGAGUCGGUCCUACAAGAGCCGGCAGCCUUCGGGACCCAAAGAAGGCCAGAACUAUGUGUAAGCACAAGUCAUGUACUAUUAGAAACAACAUUUACACAACGCCUUU